AUGAAUAAGGAAGUGUGUAAAAGGUUCAAGAACAUAUGGGAUACUUUUCCCGAUGAAUUGGACGAUAGUGGAGAUUAUCAAUUUAAAGAUAAUAAUUCUUUAAAUAAUAAUUGUAAUAAUAAUAAUUUUUCAAAUAAUUAUUGUAAUAUUAAUACUAAUGAUUUAAGUAGUUUUUGUAAUGAUAAUAUUUCUCAAAGUGAUUUGAAUAAAAUAAGUGCUGGAUGUUUAUAUUUGUUGGAUGAAUUAAUUAAGAAUUGUGGUGUGGUUCCCUCUCCUGCAAAAAAUAACAUCAACAUUGUUGAUUACAUUUUGAUAUGGUUAAGUUAUAUGAUAAAACUGAAAUAUAGUAAAGAAGGAAACAUUAUAACGUGUUUUUCUAGUGCAUACAUACAUGAUUGUGAUAAGUAUAACAAGAAAAUAGAUGAAUUAACUGAUUAUAAGGAUUAUAAGGAUAUUAUAGAUAAAAAAUGGUAUUUGUUGGAUAUGGAUAAUAAAAUUGUAUCUAAAUUUUAUAAAGCAUUUAAAUUAUUAUGUGAAAUGUAUACUGAAUUUGAUGAAAAUAAGGAAGAUUGCACAAACCGUUCGAAAAAAGCUAGACAAUUUGUUGAAAAAUAUGAAGAACUUUACAAGGAUUAUAAUAGCAAUAAAUACAGUUCAUAUAAACAAGUAUUGUGUACUUUAUCAACCGAUUAUGAUAAUUUAAUAAAGAAAUGUAAUGAUGAUCAGUAUUGCAAAUCUUCACCCCUUCCAACGAUAGAAACAGAAAAAAUUCCUGAAAAUUGUUCUGAAGAAACUUCUGAAAAAACUCAUGUAUCAGGAUAUGAAGAAUUGUAUGGAGAAAUUUCUGAGGUUGCAUUAUCAGAAUCAUCACUAGUAAGUAAAUUAAUUCCAAUUUGUUCGAUAUUAGUUGCAAUAGCAAUUUUUUUAGGAAUUUCUUAUAAGUAUUCGUUAUUUGGAUUUCGGAAACGAUUUCAAAAACAAAAAUUAAGAGAAAAACUAAAAAAUAUAAAGAAGAGAAUGAAUCAUUAA